AUAAGCUAUCAAUUGAACCUAAAAGCUACUGUUGAUAUGUUAGCCCCAAACUUUACCAUUACUCAAUUCACCGCUCUCAACAAUGGCAGACGUAAAGGUUGAAGUUUUGCCAGGCCCGUUCCUUCAGCUCGGCGAAGCCCCACACUGGGACGUGGAAUCACAGAGCCUGUACUACGUUUGCAUACUCAGCAGCACAUUGCAUCGGUACGAUUGGAGGGCAAACCAAACCUACACUGCAAAGCUCGAGGGUAGCACGUAUGCCUCAUUCGUCAUUCCGGUGAGUGGACGCAAAGGAGAAUUUGUGGUGGGCAGUGGAACACGAUUGUUGCUGGUGGCAUGGGAUGGGUUGGCCACGACAGCCACGAUCACUAAAGUGCUCACUGACCUGGGCGAAGAGGAAGCCGAUCACCGGUUCAACGAUGGUAAAGCGGAUGGACAGGGUCGGCUGUACGCGGGCACCAUGCUGGCCGAGGACUCGCGGAACUAUUUCGAGAUGGACGACGGUAAGUUUUACCGCUUCGAUGCCGGCCGCGGGCAAAUGGUGCCGCUCAAGAGCAAGGUACACAUCUCGAACGGGUUGACCUGGAGUGCGCGGCAGCCCGACAAGCUCUACUACAUCGAUUCGUUUGCGUUCGACAUCAAAGCGUACACGGUGGACGCGGAAGGCAAUCUGGGUGGGGAGACGGUGCUGAUAAAGCUGAAGGAUGACGAGGCAGCGACGGAAUUCAUUGCGGACGGGAUGACGAGCGAUGCCGAGGGCAACCUGUACGUUGCCGUGUUUGCUGGUUCGAAAAUCAUCAAGAUAAAUCCGGAAUCAGCCAAAAUAGUUCAGGAGAUAGCGUUACCGGUCGCUCAGGUAACAUCUGUCGCGUUCGGUGGCCCUAAUCUAGAUGUCUUGUUCGCUACGACGGCCUCCAAAGAGAUUUCCAUCCCACAAGAACCACCAGCUGGAGCCGUACUGAAGAUAACCGGCUUAGGAGCACGUGGCCUUCCAAUGAACGAAGUGCAACUUCCGUAA